AGAGUGCCAAAAAUGAAACAUGCUCGUGGAUUUUCCAGCAACAGUGAAUUGAAUGAGUGAGCGACGAAUCAUUGAGGGAACCAUGGACGUGACAAGAAACCAGCUGCAGAUACGACCAAGAGAGACAGAGACAGAGAGGGAAAGGGAAGGAAAGAAGGAAUAGAUUACAGCACACACCUGAUGAUCAACAAUAAGUGUACAAUUUACUUCAGAACUAGCUUCACCAGUUAGAUCAAUUAGCUUUCACCGAUGUGCUGUCUGCAGAAGGUCAUCAUUAAUGUUUUGUUGCUCGUUCCUUGAGUCUCAGUUUGUUAACAUGAGUUUUUCUCUUGUUCUCAUCACCAGCUCACUUUGACGAUGAUGCUCAACCCUGCUAGACCAUGAGUUUGAUUCAUGCACACAUUCAACAGUUAGCGUUUCAUGUGCAAGCUUAUGAUUUUGAAGGCUUCCAGGUAAUUUUCAGAAGCUGCUGUUGCUACUGAAUUUGUUAUGUCGAGUUUCUGCUCGGUUGGUGGUGGUGAAUUGGAGACAAGGACGUGUGCACCACCUACAACAUUAGCCAAGCUACGAAUGCUACUUUGAGGCCAGAGACUUGGUGUAGGGGACCUUUCACGACAGUUGGUUACCAGACUAAAUCGGUCAGAAUGCCGUUGCAUUGAAUUGUAGCAUUCCACAGAAUCUUAAAGUAGUUGAAUAUUAACCGCUCCAAAAGCUAGACUGAAACUGGGUGCUCCUGAGAAUAGUACGUCGAUCGUUAACAUGAAGACGUGAGUGUAUGCAAUCAACUCGAGUGGAACUUGACUUUGAUUCAAGGAAGCAGGAGCUUAUAAAUGAAGCGAGCUAGGCAGAUGCUCCAGCAUCGGUUCAGUGACUUGGAGUUUUUUCUAGAAUAGUUCAUGAAAAUAGCUCGCAGAUUUUAACACGGUUUGGAGAACCUUUGUUGCCGUAGUUGGUGACAUUGUUUGCUGCGAUUUGGGGAACCGCAUUCUUCCUUCAGCAGGUGUGAGUAAAUUAUGUUUCUUGGGCCUCUUUCGUGAAGUGCAGUAAUAUGGUGCAGUAGUGAGCAGAAGGGUGAUAGAGGUGCACUCCAGAUGUUCAAGUUAUAACAGGGGUCUGGGAUUUUUGUUUACGCGGAGAGGGCAUCAGUAACUCUGGAAGAGUAUAUCUGAGUAUUCCCAAUUUUGUUGUUUCCGAUGGAACACUUGUCUAUCUCGAUUUGUUCUAAGCGCCUUCAAGUAAGCUCCUAAAACCCCAAGAAUUAUCAGGUGGAUUCAAAUUUCUAUCGAAUACUAGGGAUGUGCAAUUUUUCCUCGUUCAAUGUGCAAUUAUCUUUCCUCACAGAACUCAUGGUCCUAACCUGCUUGUUUCCUGUUUAGCGUGUUCUUUGUCACCAUGAAACUCGUAAUUGAUAGUUGGACGCGCAACUGGCGAAACGAGUUCUCAAUGAGGCCGUGACCUGGCCAUUGACCUGCACCAAAUCAAGCAUCGAUGGUUAAUGCUGCAGCAGAGAAAACGUCUCUUCGCUACCAAAUAACUCAUGCCAGAGCUGACAGAAGUUGUGCAGGAAUCGUCGUUUUUGAGGAACUAGUUCAAGGAAUUUGCGACACUGAAUGCACCUCCACUGAUACCAGGAAAUCGGAGCUGCUCCGCUGGUAUACGAAGAAACGAACCCCCAUUGGUGGCUGUCGACUACCUAAGCUCCAACUUCCAGCUUUGCAGCUAUUAUAAAGACCUUUCCGACUUCAUUACUCUGUUAGAGCAGGUAAAGCUCACUAGAAUUCGUGCUGUUCAUUUGACACUCGCUGCAAAUAGGAACCAAUCGUUACCUCAGAGAUGGACCAAAUACAUACAAUUUCGCCCGAGGCUGCAGAGAAAGUUCUCGUUCGCGAAUUUCCAUGCACAGAAUCAAGUCUUCAACAAUCAGCAUUGAAAUCCUUUUGGUUUAUUGGACCUACUUCUACACAAAGCUCAUCCGACGGUAACCCCAGAGAAAUCAAGAAAAAGGUGCACUAUUCCUCAUGUGAAACAGCUCCAGUAACAUCGACCCCUACUCUCAGAAAUUUUCAAAGUCAUGAGAAAGACCAGGUCGAUCAGGUGACUCGAGACUUGUGCGAAAACUUCGAAAGUUGGGUGGAUGCUCCAAUAAGAGCCGAAGUUGAGCACCCUUGGAAGAAAGCUAGGAUGACACCAUGUGGGCAGAUAUUGGGCAGCAGACAAAGCAGAGAUGAUGCUCCAAUUGCCACUAUUCCAGUUUGUCGCAAUGGAGAAGCUCCUGAAGAUACUGGCUAUUGCCUCAAUGUUACCCAGAACUACAUGGAUCUCAAAGGAAGUGAACGUGUGAGUGAGGGAUCCACUCGCUGGGGCGUUAAGCGGAAAGUUGAUGCAGUUGAUGGGCUUACAGCUCACGCAUACAGUGAUCAUGCCAACAGACACCUGAGGGAUAAGCUUAACGACUUUUAUCUACGAAGUGUUUUAGCGAAUGAAAAUGAAGCUGGCAUUGUUCCUUUCAAUUUCAUGCAAUCGCUAAGAGGACAAUGGACAGUACCAUCGCCCUCGCCGUCAGCUUAUCCUACUCCUGCGAAAACCAUGGACUUGUAUGGUCUGCAAGCAAGCACAGCUGGAGGGAUCCUAAAACGUACGCAAUCAUGUCACGCGUCCAAGGAUCCAAAGACAUUAAAGACUCAUCACAGCAGAUCCACAAAUAUGCUGAAGCUUCCUAAAGACAUGCAAGGCCGGUGGUCCAGUGAAAGGUACAAGUCUGCGCAGCUGAAGCUUAUAGAAAUAAUGCACGAGCGCAAAGCGCAGCCAGGAAGACCAAUCCGAAGACCUGCUCUGCGUGGAGAGGCACGAAAGCACAUUGGAGACACAGGGCUGCUUGAUCACCUUCUGAAGCAUAUGACUGAUACGGUUGUAAGCACCGGCGAACGCUUUCGCCGUCGGCACAACGCAGAAGGAGCCAUGGAAUACUGGCUGGAAGAUGCAAGUCUGAUGGAAAUACGUAAAGCAGCUGGAGUCGAGGACCCUUCGUGGAUUCCUCCUCAUGGUUGGAAACCAGGUGAUAAGUUUCGAAGUGGUUUAUGGGAAAUUAGCCGAAGCAUGUCGUCCUCCGAAGCUGCGGAAAUGAGUCAGCUCAAGGAGACGGUAGAAGUACUUAAAAGAGAGAUGAAGUUCCUGUUUCAUAAAUUAAAGGAAUUGAAACAUAUGGAGGUUCUACGAACUGAAGAGACAAACGAUGUAGGAGUGAAGCCGUAUGAAACUGGCCAUGUGGUUGGCUUGAGAACUUAUGACGAUUCGGACAAGAAGAUUUCGGAGGAACAAGAGGAACAACAUGAGAAGACUACGACAGCUGCAGGAAGCACUACUUUGGAAUGGCAGCUUGCAGACAUUCGGAAAGAAGUCAAUCGAAUGCAGUCAGACGUUCAAUGCAUUCUAAAGCUCCUCGGUUACCAACAACACGUAAGAGAGUCUUCAGAUGGUUCUCCGCAGAUUGAAGGUUUCGACAGCGGCACGCCAGGCUUGCUGCUCUCUGCAGGUGAGGAAGUCCUGUCAGUGACGAACAUGUCUGAAACUCUUUUCCCAGCCAGUUCAUCACCAGGGGGCCAUACUCAUCCUGAGCCCAUAGCAAGAGAAUUUGCAAGCGUGAACAGCGCAACUAGCAGCAGCACUGAUGCAGCUGGUCCCAUCACCCAGGAAACCUACUCCAUUAGAGAGAACCAGGAAUGCCAAAUCAAAAUGGACGGUAGCAGCGUACCUCAAAUCUGCCUGCGUCCUCGAGAGGCUGCUACCCCUGUGUGGCUGAAUUUGACCACGGCAUCAAGUAACCAUGCCGCCCCAGCAAACAAUUCUCGAUGGGAUGAUUAUACUAACCCUUUCCAUCGAGACCACCCUGGAGUUUGUGCAUCGGCCACGAAUUCUCGUGAGGGAUCACCGGUGCACUUCAAUUUCGCUGGUGUCUCCCGACCGUUGGCAAAAGAGUGUCCUGUGGCAGCGGCAAUGGCUGGUAUGUUCGGAUGCAUGGUGCAGACGAAGCAACACUCGAUCAAAGGCGAGAGUCUCGACCAUGUGACGGGGGCCGCCAUGUCAACUACCGGGAGACCCGAGAAGUGCAUGAUCCCAUUGAGUUUUGAAAGAGCCUUUGGUGCAUGUCAAGCCUUAGCUUUGACACCCGGUGACAAUUCUUCUGGACAAGGACCACCUCUCUCUCUUUCGUUGUCACUCACACUGGGUUCGCAAGUAAAGCUCUGAUGUUCAAGUUGGAUCCGACUCCAUCCUGAAACGUCCUUGAAUGACUUGUAAAUUUCGAAACUAGUGAUCGUAGUGCCAGAGAAUUUUAGGUGAAGUUGGAUCAUUAUGAAUUGAGUGACUGAUGUCUCCUUGUAAGAGUUUCCUAGUCUUUUUACGUAGACCCGUAAACUGCAUCAUAAAUCAGUCGAUCUCGACAACCUUUGGUCAAAUUCUUGUAUGAACCCCUAAUUUAUCUUUCAAAUCGUGUUCAGUACUUGCACCAUA